AUGGACAAAGAGAAAACCGUUAUCGACAUUUUGGACACCGAUCAACCACCAGCACAGUACUCAAAAAAGACUCCUCCAGCGAAACCACAACGAGCGCAACCAACUGGAGCCAAUGGGAUCUCGGCGGGGAUUGAUGCGACCACGCACGUGCACACGGGCCAUGCCGGUAAUGAUGUGGCCCUUUGCUGCUUCGGUGCUGUGAUCGGCGCGUGUGUGGAGUCUUGCAUGGCCUCUUGCCCCUGCACGACGGGUCGCUCGAAGCUGAUCUUUGUUCUCGUCACUUUGGGCAUCGUUUUAUUGUGUUUUGCUUUCGUUGGCCUCAUUUUGCUAGUAGAUGGCGGA